CAUACUUUAAUUGCCACGCAUACAAUGAAUGACUAAAUCGACUAAAUAUUUAUGUAUGUAUAAGAAAAUGCUAAAGUUGCUAAUCUAAAAAUCAACAGUUGGUUGCCAGACAAACCACAACAGUUGGUUGUGUUCCCUCGCAUUGACUUGCAUGCCGACAACAGUGGGUUUUUGUUUUCCCCUUUUAGCAGAAACACAACGCCUUUUCAACUCUAAUUCGCGCCAACACAAUACUUUAGUAAAUUCAAAGAAAAACAAAAACAAAAACAAAAAAAAUGUGUGAAAACAAUAUGCAAAUUGUAGUCUUUAAUAUUUGUAUGAUAAUGAAGUGGAAAUUGUGAAAAAAAAUUUUUGAAAGCACAUCUUUAUUUCAAUUCGCAAAAUAUUAUUUUCGUAUGACUCAGCGACCAAUUGGCAAAUCACUAAAAACGAUAAACGAAAAUUGUGGAAAAAUAAAGAAGUGUACAAAGUCCCAACGAAAUUCAUAUGGUCGCCAAUGAGCCGUAAUCAUCAUCAUCAUCGUCAUCAUCAUCGUCAUCAUCAUCAUAUCAUUACCGAGCAGCUUAUCCGCGCGCGCGUUUGUUCAGAGGAAGAACGCAAUAUGGACGAUAAAUUGAUGUGCGAUGAAGUGCAUUUGCGUACAUUAAGCCAGUCGCCGGUGGCGCUGCAACGCCAACAACAACGCAGACUAAGCAACCACUGCACGCGUAGUACAGCAACAAAAACCCUAACACCAAUACUGCGACGGCGUUGUUCAGGCGGAAAUGCUGUAAGUAACAGUAAUGAAUGCGAGCAACCACGCCCCCCGCUGGCGCAGCACGAGAUACUCGACGACGAUGAACCCAAAUGUCAGCGGGUGCGUGUGGACAAACCCACAAACAUGUCGCUGAACCUCGAUGUGACCGAUAAUGGCGAUAGCGGCGUGGGUGGCGACGAUGAAACUGAAGCAGAUGCCGAUGCCGAUGCCGAUGCAGAUUGUGGUCUCACUAAUCCGGCGGCACAAAUUGCGGACGACAACGAUGAAGCUGUGAAGGCUGAUGUGAGCGAUGAGGAUGUAAUUGACAGCAGCAUAUUGCGUGUGAAGCAAUUUCCUGAUAUGUCGAAAAUUCCACGACUUCCUGGCGAUGGCGCACAAAUGGAUGAUCAGCAGCCAGCCACUAACACCACAGCAAUAGCAUCGAAUUUGCGACGACCCGCAGCGGUUGCCGGACGUGGUGUGGGUGGUGGUGGUGGUGGUGGUGGUGGUGGUGGUAAGAAUACGCCGUGGCGUGUGCAAUCCGUACGCAUUGUUGAGCAGAGAAUGAAGUUGGGGCCGAAACGACGCACCGAAAGCUGCAGCAUAUUUGGCAAUACAAGCAAUUAUGAUUGUGAAGCAGAUGCCUGCAGUCCAACAGCUCAGCCCCGACCACUGACCAAUCAAACAUACUCGGCAUUCAAAAGCGCCAAUGUCGUUAAGGGCAUUCUCUGUCCAUCUCUGACAAAUUCAUUUAAGCAGCAUUCACUGGAGCGUUCUUAUCUUUUGUAUACGCAUCGUCAACGACAAAAGUCACUGAUCAUCGUAAAUCUGGUCGAUUUUAUGCUGAAAGUAACGCUUGCAACAAUUUGGUUCGUUAAGGAAGGAAAUGUCGAAGGCAAAGCGGGCAACGGUACUUACAACGCUCUAACGAAUAGCGAUUCAGAGGAUGUGAAAUUGUCAACGGCAAUUACCUGGUCCGUUUGCUGUAUUGUAGCCAAUGUAAGCAUUUGCUGUUUGGGCUUUUGGAGAUGCUUUGCCAACAACUAUUUGCACUGGGCAGCCGUAUGUACAUGGGUUUUAAUGAAUAUACAAG